GUUUUUGAUAAAGACCGAGAAGCCAUAAAGGCGUCUGUCUGUCCGAGCAUCAUCCGUAGCUAAGCCCAUUUACGUGCAGACCAUGAAAAAAGUGCACUUGCGUUCUGCCGUACCCGGCUGUACCACACAGAACGAAACGGCAAUGUUCACUAGCUGCCCUCUCUUCACUCCUGAAGACGGACAAUCAAGAAAUGUCUGACGGCCACAUAUACUGCGAUGUGCACCCCCAUCGCCUAGAGACAAAUCUUCACUGCAUCUUCCCAGGGACACUGACACUCAUAGCCAAAACCCUCGAGAAGUUCCCGCACACGCUUGCAUAGGUCAUGGCAUCCUUUCUGCUGCAGAGAAUUAGAGAUACGGUUAGAGAGGCCCUUGAAGGUUCUGUCCAUUCCUUUCCAUAGAUCCGCCAGCUCCGAAAGGGGACGCACGAACACCUGCUUGUCAGUCUUGUUGGCGAUGUCCGUCAGGAUCUUGUGCGUCACCAUCUUGACCAUGUACUGCUCCAUGAGGUCGUCAGCCUCCUCCUUGAGAGAUUGCAGGUGCUGCAACCGAUUCUUCGACGCCACAGCCAUCGAAACCCGCUCCACCUCGAGUUGCUCGUCGGUCAGUGUGAUGCCGUAGUAGUCGAACUCCUUCUUGAGCUGGCCCUUGGUGACAGUGUAGGGAAUGAUGACUGGCGCGCCGCGGCGGUAGUACUGCAGCACAUACUCGAAGAGGGAGCCGUCGGCGUCCACGAAGAUGGCCUCGGUCUGCUGGGCAUGCCACUUCGCAUCGACGAGCUUGGCGAGAAGUGCAUCAGGGUGCUUGGUGAGGGUGCUCUUGGCGACCUCGAAGGUCUUGCCGCCGACGUUGAGCUUCACAGUCUCGCCAGACAUGAUGGUGUGAUCGAGUGCGGAGGAAGACCGCUGCAGAAUGGAGCUUGUCAGAGCCUCUGCGCGAGGGCAGGAUUCGCCGCAGGGAUCCGCUUCGAGAGGGGCAGGAAUAAAU